AUGGCGGUAUUUGAUGUUGACAAUAUGAUUAGUCGUUUGUUAAAUGUGGGCAUGGCUGGUGGACGAUUGACAACUCAGGUUGCUGAAGAAGAACUCCAUCGAGUAUGUCAGAAAGCGAAAGAAGUGUUUAUAAGUCAAAGUAGCCUCAUCGAAGUGGAUCCACCACUUGUCGUUUGUGGUGAUAUCCAUGGCCAAUAUUCGGACCUGCUUCGUAUUUAUGAUCGACAUGGCUUUCCGCCAGAGGCUAAUUAUCUCUUCUUGGGCGAUUUUGUCGAUCGUGGAAAACAGAACAUCGAAACAAUAUGUCUUCAAUUUUGUUACAAAAUCAAAUAUCCCGAAAAUUUCUUCAUGCUUAGAGGAAAUCACGAGACACCAGCAAUUAAUCGUGUUUAUGGUUUUUUUGAAGAGUGCAAUCGCAGAUAUCAUUCCACUCGUUUAUGGAAUGCUUUUCAGGACACAUUCAAUUGGAUGCCUCUUUGUGGUUACAUUGGUGGACGAAUUUUGUGUAUGCAUGGCGGCUUAUCACCACAUUUGAAUAAUUUAGAUCAACUACGUAACUUACCACGACCAAUUGAUCCACCUAAUCCAUCUAUGGAAAUCGAUCUACUUUGGUCAGAUCCGGAUCAAUGGGUUAAAGGUUGGCAAGCGAAUACUCGUGGUGCAUCGUACACAUUCGGGCAGGAUGUUGUUGUGGACAUGUGCCAGAAGCUAGACAUAGAUCUAAUUGCACGAGCUCAUCAAGUAGUACAGGACGGAUAUGAAUUCUUUGCCAAUCGACGCCUCGUUACCAUUUUCUCAGCACCACAUUACUGUGGACAAUUCGACAAUGCUGGUGGAACGAUGUCUAUUUCUGAAGAUAUGAACUGCUCUUUCCAGAUAUUUCGACCUGCUAGCAAGGCUGUACGAAUGGCAAUGAAAGCUGCUGGCACUCUUUGA